CAGACCAACAACGCACCCAAACAACAGCAGCGAAACACAGUUCGUUCGUUUUUCUAACACCACGUUCUCAGUUUGCGUUCGAUCGGCGUUCCAACUGGACACAGCUCAGUGAUAAACGGCUCACUUGUAGAACAUACAUACGCACCAUUAUUUCCGAUCGACAUUCGCUACCAAAAUGUUUAAUUUUACGCGUUUUGCCUUCGUCGCGUGGUGCCUGCUGAGUGUUGUUUUGGCGCGCACCCAUAAACGCAGCCAGUUGGCUGCUUCACAUUUGGCCGCCUAUUUGCCUGAGAGUAGUUUACGCAGCAGUCGUCCGACACCGGACGCUUACGAUGCCGAACGUAGUCUAUUCUUUCGCUAUGAGGAAUCCAAGGGGCUGGGCGCCGAAAUUGAGUUGAACGAACAAGAAUUGCUUGCCAAUAAGAUUAUUAUGGCAGCAAAGACCUACGAGUAUGAGGAGGGUCUCAUCACGCCGCACCUCUUCAAGCCUUCAAAACAUUUCUUCAGCGUUUUGGAAGACAUCACUAAGACGCCGCUAUUUGCGUACUUGCAUGCAAUGCCGAAGGGUGGCGUGUUGCAUGCGCACGAUACCGCCAUGUGUAGCACUGAUUUUGUAAUACAACUAACCUACCGAGAGAAUUUGUGGGCGUGUCAGCGUAGUGGUGCAUUGGAAGCGGUCGAUUUGCAUUUUGCCAAGAAAAAGCCAACACAUGUGGUGGAAGGUGAAAAUUGUGCGUGGACACUUUUGGCGGAAAUGCGUGAUAGGCAUGGCGCUGCAGCGGUGGAUGAUUAUUUGCGUGAACGCUUUACAUUAUAUCCGAAAGAGAAAUUCCUUGAUAACAAUGAGGCUUGGGAGGAGUUUAUGGAAAUCUUUACAUUGUUGGAUGGUUUGAUUACCUAUGCACCUGUGUGGGCGGACUACUAUUACAAUGCGUUGAAGGAGUACCGUGCCGAUGGCGUACAGUAUUUGGAGUUCCGUAGCACAUUGCCAAGGCUCUAUGACUUGGAAGAUAACGAGUACACUGAGCUGGACACUGUGCGCAUUUAUAAGGAAACCUUGGAAAAAUUCAUGCAAGAUUACCCAGACUUCAUCGGAUCGAAACUGAUCUAUGCGCCGAGACGUAAUACAAGCCCAACACAAGUUGAGGAGUAUAUACGUAUCUGCAUUGAAAUAAAGGUUAAAUACCCCGAUUUCAUUGCUGGUUUCGACUUGGUUGGCCAGGAAGAGCUUGGACGCCCACUUAAAGAUUUCAUACCGCAAUUAUUAAGCAUGCCU